CCCAUUAGAGAGAGAAGGGGGCGGGCUUUUACAGAUGACAGCCAAUCCUGUGUCACGUUUGUAAAACGCUAUUUAGUUAGCAUUAGUCGCAUCCGGGUGAGCGCUUUAAGGUCCGCUCAGGUUUUUACUUUGAAGCUUGGCUCUCGGACAUCAGGAUGUACGGAUCCUUUCGGGUGCUGUUGCAGGUGCUGUCGGCCCAGCUGCUCUGUGUAUGGGUGCUGGGCUCCGAGCUAACCUUUGAGCUGCCAGACAACGCCAAACAGUGUUUCUACGAGGACAUCAUCAUCGGCACCAAGUGUACACUGGAGUUUCAGGUGGUGACCGGUGGCCAUUAUGAUGUGGACUGUCGUUUGGAGGACCCAGAAGGCACUACACUCUACAAGGAGAUGAAGAAGCAAUAUGACAGCUUUACCUUCACAGCAGCCAAGAAUGGCACCUACAAGUUCUGCUUCAGUAACGAGUUCUCCACCUUCACACACAAGACGGUUUACUUUGACUUCCAGGUUGGCGAUGACCCUCCACUCUUCCCCAAUGAGAACAGAGUCACUGCCCUCACUCAGAUGGAAUCAGCUUGCGUAUCCAUCCACGAGGCCCUGAAGUCGGUCAUCGACUACCAGACUCACUUCCGCCUCCGUGAGGCCCAGGGACGCAGUCGGGCGGAGGACCUCAACACCCGUGUUGCAUUCUGGUCCAUCGGAGAGGCCAUUAUUCUUCUGGUGGUCAGCAUCAGCCAGGUGGUCCUGCUUAGAAGCUUCUUUUCUGACAGAAAGACCACUACAACACGCGUUGGAUCGUAACGGUCUCUGAGCCCCGGAAUCUAAUUCAUCCCUUUCUUUAUCCGUACCUGGACUGGUGUGCAUAGAGUGGGUUAGAAUAUCAGUGCUGAUCUAAAAUUGGAUCAUAUCAAACUGCCAGGUUGUACAAUCUGACAUGUCGUCUUCAUUCUGCACUGGUAUUCUUACAAACAUUAUGCAAAUGAGUCUUGAAGUCUAAAAGAUUAAAUACGUUUAAAAUGGUUGUGAGGGGUAAAAUGGAAAACCUGAAGGAAGGUUUUCUUGUUUGUGUUGCUUGUACCAUCUGUAUUGGAGGCAGUUCAAGGUUUUAUAGUUGAAGCAAACCCUAAAUAAUUUGAAGUAGAGCUCGGCAAUGUGGAGAAUAUCAAAUAUCACAAUAUUUUGGACCAAAUAGCUUGAUAUCGAUAUAACAACGAUAUUGUAGGGUUGCCUAUUGGUGCUUUUGCAAAGUAUUUACAGAAUGAGAUUUUUUUGACAAAUAAUCAGACGUACCAGAGAUAUAAUGACUAAGUGGUUAAAGGCAAAUAAUAGAAUAGCUAGAAGUAAGGUAAGUUCAGAAAAUGUAGAACCAGGAAAAGACGACACUUAGUAUAUUACGAUAUCCAAAAUUUAAGAAGAUAUCUUUUAUCACAAUAUUGAUAAAUUGCCCAGCCCUACUUUAAAUAUUUGAAAUAAUUUCUAAAUGUGUUCUGAUUUUAUUUGUGUUCUUUUUUCCCCCCGUCAUCUCAAACCCUCUCUUCUUGAUCCGUUUCAUUUUUCAGCCCAAAAUGUGCACUGAAAUAACAGAGUGGAAUUUGUGACUAAAUGUAUAUAAUGUAAGGUUUAUGGUUUUGUUUAUUUCCUUGCAUGCAAAGCAUUGGGUCUCCAAAACCACACUGGCAAGGCAAAGAGUGGUUCCCCCACAAACGUUGCAUUUGGUCAUGAAAAAUGUUGCUUUUUUUUCAUUUUCUUUAUUAAAUCUCGCUGUAUUAAGUGAGAGUAGAUUUUGUGUUGUGGGUUUUUUUUUUUUAAAGAUUAUUUUGUGGGCAUUUUCAGCCUUUAUUUUAACAUGACAGCUGAAGACAUGAAAGGGGAGAGAGAGGGGGCGGGGGGAAUGACAUGCAGCAAAGGGUCGGAGUCAAACCGUGGCCCUCUGCGCCAAGGAGUAAACCUCUAUGUAUGGGUGCCGGCUCUACCAACUGAGUUAUCUGUGCACCCGUUGUGUUGUGCUUUUAUCAGCUUUGUCAUUUUAGAUGAGUUAUAAGAAUAUGCUGUAUUCAGAGUAAGCCAUCCUUUAAUAUUAGCUUGAAACCGUUUUUAUUUGGGUUGAAGGAUUGAGUUUAGAGAUACAGAUGGUCUCCCUUAAGUGACUGCAGAAUCAAUUCCUUACAAAAAAAUAGUUUUUGCUAUUUGUAUUCCAUUUGUACAUCGGGGUAAAGUCAUGCUUCAGUUUGAACACGCCUAGGUGAAUUAUUUCCUAAACAUGUUAUAAUUAUCUAUGUGACUUAAUGUCGAAGGCAAAAAAAAUUUAUUCUUUUGAAAAUGACACAUUUGAGUGUUAAGUGGCAAUGCCAGCAGUUUUUAGUGCACCAAUUUAAAAAAACAAAAACAAACUUUGUCUUUCACUUGUUCCUUACAAUGUUACAUCUAGUUCUUGCUGUUUAAAGUGUAAACACUUAUUUAUCUUGUAGGCUGAUAUUGCUCUUGGUUUUCUACAGCACUGUUGUAAAAAUGAAUGUUUUGCAAAAUAUUGCUGGAAUAUAAGGUAAUUCCAGUAACUUUGAGUUGUAGUUGUAAUUUGAAAUUGUGCUCCCUGACUGCCUACUCAAUUAAUUUUCUAAAGGAACAGGGAGGAAGAUUUAGACAGCUUAAAUCUAAUAUGUCUAUAUAUAAUAUGACUGGUUCCUAACAUAUGAGGCUGCUUAGUUCAACCUGGUAGUGUCGCUUCAGCCAGGAGUCAGUCAUUGGGUCAUUCUUUCUCUCACUAUUCACUGAUUUGCAAAUUCAGCUCUUAGACACAGGAAUGAAUGCUGAAACAUGGAAUAUCUGAGUAUACUGUGGUCAUUUUGAAGUUCACCUGUAGAAUUGAAUGUGACUCUGAACAGAACACCUCUGGCAAAGCUAGAAGACAUCACUGUUGUAAUGUGAGAUAAAUAUAACUUUUAUAUUCAUAAGACAGACUUUUACACCUUACCCACUGAAAGAAACCAAAAAUUAUUUAUUGUUUGGUCUUGUUUAACCGUCAGAACUGAUUCUAGAGACUUGAAGUUAUUUUAUUCAUGUUUUAGUUCUGGGUAUGCUUUUCCCCUCUCACCAUAUGUUCAUUGUUAGUUUUGGUAGGUGGUGCAAAGUUGCCAUUUAAGUUUUAGGUUUAUGUUCUGCCGGGUCAUUUUUGGACACAAAUUUAUCUCUGAUGCAUUCUGGGAACUUUUUAAGUUAUUGGGAUGACUGAAUAAACUUUCUGUUAAAAUGCCA